UCAAAGCUUCAAAGUGAGAGACUUGAGGGAAGCAGUCAAACAGUUGGUAAAGUCAGAGCAGUAAAAGAAGGAAGUGAAAAGGUCUGAGGACACAGAGCCGGUAAAGGAAGGAGACAACAACAAGCUGCUGCUAAAAAAACAUCGUUGCUGAGGAGGGUCGAUCGACUCUCUGUAAGACAAACUGGGAGAUAAACCACAACAGAAUGACCAUGUAUGAGAGAGCAGGGGAGUCCAGGAAGUUCGAUCCGAAUUUCAAAGGGCCGAUCCAGAACAGGGGUUGCACAGACAUCCUCUGCUGUAUUCUCUUCAUUCUCGCCCUGUUUGGUUACUUUGCUGUCGGUAUCCUCGCCUGGUCUCAGGGUGACCCCAGAAAAGUAAUUUAUCCCACAGACAGCAGAGGGCAGUUCUGUGGGCAGGCCGGGACCCCGCUGGAGAAGAAACCUCUCCUGUUUUACUUCAACAUCCUGAAAUGUGCCAGUCCUCUGGUGCUGCUGGAGUUCCAGUGCCCCACCACGCAGUUAUGUGUGGAAAAGUGUCCUGACAGGUACAUGACUUUGGUGAAGGCAAAGUUAGGCAAAAAGGAAGACCAUGAAUACUACACUCAAUACUGCAAGGAGGGAACCAACUUCACCAAGCUGAGUCCCCCUGAGAUCCUGAGGGACAGCCUGUGUCCUGCCAUGCUGCUGCCCAGUAAAGCUUUCACACGGCGCUGCCUGCCGGCCCUGGGAAAGCUGAAAGGGGGGGUGGUGGUGGUGGGAAACGAGACAGCAUUCUACGACGACGACAAUAACAGAGUCAAUGCAACAGAUGUGCUGGAGGCAUCAAAGAAGUCGAAUGUUGUUUUGGAGGCUCGUCAGGUGGCCAUGAGAAUCUUUGAAGACUACACCCAGUCCUGGCACUGGAUAUUACUUGGUCUGGUGAUCGCCAUGGUUGUCAGCUUGAUUUUCAUCGUCCUGCUGCGCUUCCUGGCCGCCGUCAUGGUCUGGGUUAUGAUUGUUUUGGUCAUUAUCGUCAUUGGAUACGGGAUCUUCCACUGCUACAUGGAGUAUGCCAGUCUAAAGGGAGAACCAGGCGCAGACGUCAGCAUCCAGGACCUCGGCCUGCAGACAGACUUCUCUGUCUACCUGCAGAUCAGACAGACCUGGCUGGCCUUCAUGAUCAUCCUGGCAAUUGUGGAGUUCAUCAUCAUCCUGCUGCUCAUCUUUCUCAGGAAAAGAAUCAUGAUCGCUAUUGCUCUCAUCAAGGAAGCCAGCAGAGCUGUUGGUCAUGUCAUGUCAGCGAUGUUCUACCCGCUGCUGACCUUCGCCCUCCUGGCUGUGGUGAUCGCUUACUGGGCCGUCACCGCCGUAUUCCUGUCUACGUCGAAUGAACAGAUUUACAAAGUGUUCAACAACUCGGAGUGCGCAUUCUCUCGAGACACCUGCGACCCCAAGACAUUCAACACAUCCAAUGUUUCCGUCCAGUGCCCUGAUGCAGAGUGCCUGUUUGCUUUUUAUGGUGGUGAGACGCUGUACCACAGAUACCUCAUCCUGUUUCAGUUCUAUAACGUCUUCCUCUUCUUCUGGUGUGCAAACUUUGUGACGGCACUGGGCCAGGUGACGCUGUCAGGGGCUUUUGCUUCCUAUUACUGGGCCUUCAAGAAGCCAGAUGACAUUCCUGCUUAUCCCAUCUUCUCUUCCCUGGGACGGGCUCUCAGAUACCACACAGGCUCCCUGGCUUUUGGAUCCCUGAUCCUGUCUUUAGUCCAAGUCAUCAGAGUCAUCCUAGAGUAUUUGGAUCACAAGUUAAAAGGUGCUCAGAAUAAGUUUGCCAAAUUUCUGCUGAGCUGCAUGAAGUGCUGCUUCUGGUGUCUGGAGAAAUGUAUCAAGUUCCUGAACCGGAAUGCCUACAUCAUGAUUGCAAUCUAUGGGAAAAAUUUCUGUACCUCAGCUCGAGACGCCUUCUUCCUCCUCAUGAGAAACAUCAUCAGGGUGGCUGUUUUAGAUAAAGUGACUGACUUCCUGCUGUUUCUUGGGAAGCUCCUUAUUGUUGGCAUUGUGGGGAUUUUCUCUUUCUUCUUCUUCUCUGGAAGGAUCAAAGCUGUGGAGGACGCUGCUCCAACACUCAACUACUACUGGGUGCCGAUACUGACGGUAGUAGUGGGCUCAUACCUGAUUGCCCAUGGCUUCUUCAGUGUCUACGCCAUGUGUGUGGACACUCUGUUCCUGUGUUUCUGCGAGGACUUGGAAAGGAACGACGGGUCUUCUGAGAGACCUUACUUCAUGAAUCCCGAGCUGCAUGAAAUUCUCUCCAAGUCCAGUAAGACGGAGGACGAAUGCGAUGGCGUUGAGCAGACGGAUGCUGCUAAACAAGUGGAUGAGGUGAAGGUAGAGGAGGAAACACCUCUCCAGCAGCAGGAUGGAGAGGUCCAGCUAAAACAGCAGAAUGUCCUGAUGGAGGAAAAUGAUGUGAAGCAGCCUCUGGAUUCCAAGACGGAGGAUGAAGAGCCGAAAGAGGAGAAGAAGGAAGAACAAGUCAGUCAGGCAGGGGAAAGCGAGAAAAUAGAAGAGCCAGAUGUGAAGGAAGCUGCAGAAAAACAGGAGGUAAAAGCAGAGAAACCGGCUGCAGCUGUGGAAGCUGAGGGGGAGAAGACUAGUGAGGAGAAAACAGAGGAAAAAAAGGAGUCAAAGGAUGAUAAUCCUCCAUCUACACCACAAGAGUAGAUGCUACAAAGCAAGCGAGGUCCACAUCCACCUCAUAAAGCAUAAAGAAUGAAAGUUUUGUCCGUCAGCUUUGUCAUAUGGACCCGUUAAGCUAAAACCCUGUUCGGCUUUUCUGUGUGAGAGAACGAACAUUCCAGCUGAAGAUGGCGGCUCAGAGUGAAUGCUGAAGCAGGUCAAAAGCCCAGUGCAUCUCUGUAGCUUGGAAAACACACACACACACACACACUCCUUUGUGUUGGUUUUGAGCAGUGUUGAUUUUCUAUUGUGAAGGUCUGUAAAACAUAGUGCGUGCUGAACCUGUGCCUGAUUACUUUUGGUGUUCGUCGUCUCAGUCCUAUUGAGUGGAAGCACUGCAGAACCAGUAACCAUGUUUACAGCCAGAACAAAAACAUCACAAUCAAUGGUGAAUCACUUUCACAGUUUACAGAAUACCAGCUGAUGCCAAAAUCUUUCGCAUUAUUUGAUACACCAGGAGUACUGAACCUUUUGUUGUUUAUGCAUCAGUGUAUGUUCAAUAUGUGUCUUUUGGCUUAUUGAGUCUCUCGUUAUGAUGGGAUUCCAUAUAAUGUACCGCCACCUACUUGCCUUGGUAUUUCGGAGUGGCGUUAAGUGCUGUGAUUGUUCAGCCAUGAUGCAGAUAUCAUGACCUCUGAACUCUCUGGACCCUUAAACCUCCCACCUGUUUACAGACUCCUUUGGCCUUGCUCUGUCCCCUUCCGCCAAACUCCUCUGUCUGUCUAAAGUGCUGCAUGAUAUUAACACGGCCUUCUGAAUGCUUGCAACUAAUGUCUUAGGUUUCUGGAAGCUUUUGUACUUCUUGCCUGUAAGCUGGUUUUGUUCUUUUUUGUUUAUUUUUGUUUUUAAUUACCUACUGAAAUGUUUGAUGACAUUCCAAAUUUACUGGGUGUAAUCCCUGAUUCCAAGUGGUUGUAUUUAAUCGUCGUUCUGCCAUGUAAACAUGUGACUGCCGAGUUGGUUUCAUGUUUAUGGAAACAGGUGAGUUUUUUUCAAACAGAGAGAGCAAAAGGGGCAUCUUGACAAUUUUAUAGAAGUCAGUUUGUUCGUUGUUUUUGACUUGUGACACCCCACCCCUUAACCUGAACAGAAUAUAAGUCUAUACAUUUUGGACUUUGUGUGGAUCAUAAUUUUUUUAAAGGUCCUUUAAAAUCUCAAAAGACAUGCCUGAAAUAGGGCGACUAAAUAAACAGCUAUUUGAAACUAAA